AUGCAGGCAUUCAGCACCUUCUGCCUCGACGUCGACCCGCGCACGCGGAUACGCGAGCUCUACAUGACGGACAAAUACGUGGUUGCCCCAGGUAGCCACACGGUCAUUCACAGCCUCGCCUGUCUGCAGUGCCGGAGAACCCUAGCAGGCGAGGCGUGUCCGAACAACUAUGCCGUGAUAGAAACGGGACUGAUAUGGGACUCGGCCUGCUACCCGACGUCCAACCCCAUGCUGACGGCAUCCUUCGAGGGAGCCCCCGUCUAA